AUGGACCCGCAGAUGUGUUACGACGAUGUUGCAUGGGAACAAUCCGACGAUGUCUCCGACAAUUGGUUGCUUCAAUUUCUUGAUAUCGACGUCAAGAGACCGAUUGCGAAAUUUAUCCUGAAGCAUGAUUCCGGUGACGACCCCGAGUUUACAAUUCUUCGAAAGGGGUCUUUCAAUAUCACAUUACAAAUGAAGUACACAUACAGCGCGACCAACAUUCGCUUUUCACAACCUGGGGCUAUUCUUUUUCCCGAGGAAAAGGUUCAGAACGAAGUUGCCGUGAUGCGAUAUAUCUCGGACCAGACAUCAAUCCCAGUUCCAUUUGUUCUUCACUCGGGUACACGGGAGGAGAGCCCCCCUCAAUCUGAGCCCUUUUAUUAUGAUGAGCCAUAUGGAACAUACAACAACCAUCGAGGAAUCCUUGACCCAAAUAUUGAGGAAGAUCAACUUGAAUUGCUAUAUACACAACUAGCAAAGAUCUUGCUUCAGCUUGCUCAGCCAGAAUUCCCCAAAAUAGGGUCCCUUGGUCAGAUAGAUGAUUUUUCCUGGGAAGUGACUCGCCGGCCAUUGUCAAUGAAUAUGAAUGAGCUUGUCCGUUUAGGGACUCUACCUCGAUCAAAACUCCCACCCCUAGAUGCCACUUUCAAGACAGCAUCUUCAUAUAUUGAAGCCCUGGCACAGCUCAACAUCCAACAUUUACUGCAUCAAAGGAAUGAUGCGGUACAGUCUGCAGAUGACUGUCGCCGGAAGUUUGUUGCAAGACAGCUGUUUUAUACGCUUGCCAGGGACAAGAAACUAUUCUUACCAAGUUUUGAGAAUGGUCCAUUCAAACUGUGGUGUGAUGAUUUCCGGCCAGCCAAUGUUCUUCUCAAUGAAGAUAUGCAUAUUGCAGGUGUGGUGGACUGGGAGUUUACAUAUGCAGCACCGGUGGAGUUUUCAUACGCGCCACCAUGGUGGCUUCUUAUCGAGAAGCCCGAAUAUUGGUCCGAAGGUAUAGAGGACUGGGCCCGAGUAUUCGAUCGCCGCCUAAAGACGUUCCUCACAGCAAUGAGGCAUUGUGAAGAUAUAGGCGCCCAGUACAGCCAGUAUCGGCUCUCGGAUCAGAUGCAGCGGAGCUGGGAGAGCGGAGACUUUUGGGUGGUGUAUGCAAUUCUGCACAGCUUUGCGUUUGAUGCGAUCUACUGGCAGAAAAUCGACCAGCGGUUCUUUGGGCCUACGGAGACCGACGAUCCCAGCGAGGCAUGGAAAGAGCGGUUGGAUCUGCUGGAUGAAAACCAAAAGGUUGAGAUGGAACGGCUAGUGACGAGAAAGCUUAAGGAGAUGGAAGACAGGGUUUUGGCGUGGGACCCGGAUGAGUAUACUGAAUCAUUUCGCCAGAGGUUGAUGAGAAGGAGAGAAGAAAAAGUAAAUGAGGCCAAGGAAUCUCACCACUGA